GGAGACCGAAGCGACGACUACCUCACGCCGAGGCACCACCGCUCGGUAGCCCAAGCGGCCCUCGACGGCAUCCUCAACGCGCAAGCCUGCGGCAUCCCAUGCUACUCCGACGCCCUCCACUGGAUCUCCCAGGCGACCUCGGCGGAGAAAGCCCGUCUCCAGGAUGGGGCGAACCGCCAAUGGAGACAGAGAUUCGCCACCUGGAGCAACGACCUCUGGUCCUACACGACUCCCAUGUUCAAGGCCACGCCGCCGACGCCCGCCAUGAACGUCCACGACAUGCGCCAGCAGUUGCAUGACCAGCGGUGCCCCGACAACUGCGACGGCGACGCGCACCACAAACGCUGGAAGACCUAUGCCGCGGACACCGUCUUCCCGAAAUCCGACAAGGGUUGCCCUGGGCUUGACGGCUGGAACUGUAAGGAGCUCCGCGCUCUGGCCCACUGGUUCCCGGCCAUCGUCCGCGAGCUGUUCGACCUCUGGACUGUCACGUCCACAGCAGCUGUCCAAGCCAAGGGCCACCUCCCGCCCGACCUCCUCUCCAGGGCCUUCCCCUGGAAGGUAGCAGGGGUGCCCGAGGGGAAAAGCGACGCCCGGCCGAUCUCGGUCGGUUCGGUACUCCUCAGAGUCUGGCUCAGGUCCCCGUCCCAAGCCGUGCCUGAGCCGCCAGACAAUCAGCGCGCCAACCGCUCUGGUACCAGCGUCACCCACGCCAUAGCCGCCUGGCUAUCCGACUGCGCGGACUCCUCCGACGGAGGGGGAAAUAUACCUGUCACGGGCCUUCGACAACAUCGGUCACGAGCUAUCCCAAGAAGGCCUCAUCCAGAGCGGCCUGCCAGACCUCGUGGUCUACACCUGCCCACCCACAGCGGGGACGCCAUGGCCCCAGCCACGAUGGUGGCUUGCCUCGCCCCUUGGCAGCCCCUAUCCUCUGGCCACGCCUUCAUGGACGAUCGCGCGAUUGUCUCCACCUCGCCGGACGCGCUGGCCAUCGACAUUGCAGAUACUCAGAGCUUCGACCGACGAGUGGGCUUUGUGGAAAACAUCGGCAAACGACAACAGUGGUCCGACCAAGACGUCGUUCCACGACGCAUCGAGCACCUCGGAGUGCACGCAACACCGACCGACUCCAGCUUCGGCAUCAUUCCACGCCAGUAG